CGUGAAGAGAUUGUAGAGUCAUUCAAGUGGGCAUUUGAAACAUUCCUAUCAGCAAUGGGCAACAAACCACCAAAAACAAUAUUAACUGGUAAACCAAACAGAACCAGCCAAAACAAUAUUAACUGGUAAACACAAAGAAGCGAGUGCAUGAACAACCUGCUCAAGUGUUAUGUCUCCAGGUCGGCACCAAUAAACAUAUUUUUUCAGUAGUGCACAAAGAUGCUUGCCGACAGACGUGAAGAGGAAGACUUUGAAAUCGCUCACUCAAAGAAGGAUGGGAAGGUAAUAAGAACAAACUUUCUAAUAGAGAGACACGCAGCUAAAAUCUACACAAGGGGCGUGUUCAAGCUGUUUUCACUGGAAUUGUAUCAGUCCGGUUCAUUCAUUCUUAGGGGAAAUCAGGUGGAUGGGAGAAUCACAUUGGAGCAUGCUGAUGCAGAACAAAGGCAGCGUUGGUGCAAAGUUGUUUAUGAUGUUAUUGUUGACAGGGAGAGCGACACUUUCAAAUGUGAGUGUGGAAUGUUUGAGCACUCUGGACUGCUUUGUCGACACGUACUGAAGGUAAUGAUACACAUUGGCGUCCGCCAAAUCCCAGCUAGGUACAUUCUGAAGAGAUGGACCAAAGACGCUAGAGAUAAUAUGCCAGAUCACCUAAAGUGUUAUCAGAAAGAUGCGAGCAUCCAGGUGUCGAAGACUUUCAUGCACAACAUAAUAUACAUCAAGGCAUUGGAGAUAAUAAAAUUGGCUGACAGGGGUGUGGUUACUUCCCAGCAUGCUAUAAUGGCAUUUGAUAAAGUGAAGAAUGAUCUUGAAAAGAUUAUAGCAGCGGAAAUUACAAAGGAACAAACUUCUAAUGACCAAGGCAAUGCAGGUCAACCAAGCAAAGAGCCAACACAGGUAACAACCCGAGGAUUCAAAGAAAAUUAG